AUGACUCAACACACCAAAACGCAAGACAUUGAUAUAACAUCGUUAACACCACCAGUUGUCCAGUCAUCUCGAUCAAAUGAUACUGAUUCACCACCAAACCUUUCUGAUACACCACCAAACCUUACUGACACACCACCAAAUGUUACUGACACACCACCAAAUGUUACUGACACACCCCCAGAUACUCAACAAAACGUUCCUGAUGCUCUAUUGGAUGUCCAAGAUAUCCAUGAUUCAGAGCCUCCACCGUAUGACCAAAUAGUAUUUCAAACUCCAAACAUCCAAGUAACUCCACAAUAUAUACAUGCAACUCCUCAAAUUGUCCAACCACUUCAACCUGUCCAACCGCUUCAACCUGUCCAACCAUUUCAACCAAACAUCAAUUCAACUUAUCCAUAUACUUCUGAAUAUUUCUCCCAGCCAUACCAACCCCCUAUUAUCACUAACAAUAACAAUAUAAUCGGUAAUAACGAUGAGUCAACGAAUAAUCCGUCAAUAGCUCGAAGUAUGAUUAUUACUAUUAGGACAUUCAUAUCUGUGGUACUUGUACUAAUUUCCAUGCUAUUUCUUCGAUAUCUUGGUUAUCUUAGUCAGUGGUACUAUAUCACCCUUCUAAUUGCUUUGCUGAGUGUGGUUUAUCACAUCAUUAGAUUAAUUAAUGCAUAUAAUCGAGGUGAAUUCUUUAUGAGCCAUAUCUUUAAUUAUGAGGUAUCGAGAUCAAAAUUGUUGUUAAGCGUGAUAUCAUGUAUCGCAUACGUUAUAAUGUCAAUAGCUAUUAUUAGGAAUUAUGGAAUUAUCGCUUCAGAUCUCAUUUCAUCCAUUGUGAAUUGGUGUAUCUUUGCACUUACAAUUCUAUGGGUCUUAUCUACUUCGUUUAUGUACAUAGAUUAUAGAAAUAGUAAUAGCAAUCAACCUGUAGAUACUUUAAUGAUGACAACUGGAUAUGAAAACAAUAUAAUUAAUAGGCAACAAAACAAUCCUGCUGCAAAUCAUUAUGUAAUAAAUAGUGGUAAUAGUUAUGGUCAAAAUGGAUAUUAUUUUAGGUAA